CAUCAUAUAUCCACUUCUUCCUUGAAAUCAAUCCUGGGUGAAGUCAACCGAUCCAAAGCCCGUCUCUCUCCUUAAAUCAUAUUUCAAUUCCUAUUCUCUUGAAAUAGAAGAGAAAAUGAUGAAAGCAAUAGCACUUUCACCCACAAACAGUUGUCAACUCAAAUCUCAAAUCAUCCCCACAACAAAACCACUUAGCAAAACGAUCAACAUAGCCCUAUUUCGAUCCACCAAUCGCCGCUCCUUCCCUUCACUCGCCAUAAAGAACGAGCUCCAAAAUCAGACCCCGGUUCGCAAAAACCCCUCAAAGAUCCCACCUUUAGUUGUGGUUGGCUCAGCCAAUGCUGACAUCUAUGUUGAGAUCGACAGACUUCCAGCUGAAGGAGAGACGAUUUCAGCCAAAAAUAGUCAGAUGCUUGCGGGAGGAAAAGGGGCUAAUCAGGCGGCUUGUGGGGCCAAACUUUCACACCCGACUUACUUUGUGGGGCAAGUAGGUGAAGAUGCUAAUGGGAAAUUGAUCGCUGGGGCUUUGAGUGAGUGUGGUGUUGGCUUGGAGUAUGUGAGUGUUGUGAAGGGGAGUGUGCCCACUGGACACGCUGUGGUGAUGCUGCAGGCUGAUGGACAAAAUUCUAUUAUCAUUGUUGGUGGGACUAAUAUGAGUGGUUGGCCUGAAAAUUUUGGUGAUGAGGUCUUGAAGGUUGUUACAAAUGCUGGGAUUGUUUUGCUUCAAAGGGAAAUUCCUGAUUCUGUCAACAUUCAAGUUGCAAAGGCGGCAAGAAAUGCAGGUGUUCCUGUCAUUUUAGAUGCAGGGGGAAUGGAUACCCCAGUCCCGCAAGAGCUAUAUAACAGUAUAGAUAUCUUCAGCCCAAAUGAAAGUGAACUUGGCCGUUUGACUGGAAUGCCAACUGACAGUUUUGAACAGAUUAGUCAAGCUGUGUUGAAAUGUCAUAAAAUGGGUGUUAAGCAAGUCCUGGUGAAACUUGGAGCCAAAGGGGCGGCUUUAUUUGUAGAAGGAGAAAAACCAAUCAAACAACCCGCCAUUUUAGCUGCAAGAGUUCUAGACACUACUGGAGCUGGGGACACUUUUACUGCUGCUUUUGCUGUGGCUCUGGUGGAAGGCAAGUCCAGAGAGGAAUGCUUGAGAUUUGCUGCGGCGGCUGCUUCGCUCUGUGUCCAAGUGAAGGGAGCCAUUCCUAGCAUGCCCAAAAGGAAAGCUGUUUUGGGUCUUCUCCAGUAUUUUUGAGAUUAUUCUUGUUGCCAGAAACAGGUUGCAUCAAGGGGACAGAAAAUACUUUUGUGGGAUAAUAGCAAGUCAUGUUACCUCUUUACUGCCGCCUUACCUGCAGGCGAAGCAAGAUUUUGAGCCAUACUCUAAUGGUCCCUGGAAAGCAUGCCUCGAUUUGCCACAUUUUAGCCACAUUUCAAACUCAUCUACCUUAGUUUCUGAAGAUGGAAAAUCGAUAUGGGCACAAAUUUGGAAUUCGCAUCACAAAAAUCAUUUAUAGCUUGUGCUUGGUGUGACCAAAUCAUCUUGGUUGUAAUUGUCAUAUGGACAAGUGCAAUUCAAGGACCCAUAUCCCCCGUGAAGAUUAACGUGCAUACAACCUGUCAACCCAUCUUCAGCAUACUCAAAGAUUGAUAAAUACUUCAAUUGAUUCGAGUGGGAAGUCUUUGUUAAGUAGAAAUAUGUUGAAAUCAUGUAUAGGUUUAAAUUAUGGAAGGAAUGCAAAGCGUAAUUGAUGAUCUGUUAGGGAUAAAAAGAACAAAUGGAACGUAGGAUUUUCAAGAAAUUCUUCCAUUUCUCUCAAAAGAGGAGAUUGGAAAACCAAAGCAUUUAAAAA